AUGAUACAUCACCUAUCUUUCCCGGCAGGGAAUUCAGUUAAUGACGGGAUUGACCCUGAAUUGUGCACUGUUAGUUAUGCAUCAUUUGACCAAGCCAUUGAGAUUAUUAAAAAAUGUGGCAAAGGUGCUCUACUGGCUAAAAGCGACAUUGAGUCGGCUUUUAGAUUACUGCCUAUCCACCCAGAGUGUUGGAAGUUACUAGGUUUCCAUUUUGAAGGUUUAUUUUAUUUUGAUUGUUGCCUCCCAAUGGGAUGUUCUUUAUCCUGUUAUUAUUUUGAAGCCUUUGCCACAUUCGUACAAUGGGUAGUCCAGUAUGAAACUAAUUGUAAGUUUAUAUUGCAUUACCUAGACGAUUUUUUAUUUGUCGGACCACCUCAGUCGGACCACUGUUUUAAUCUUUUAAGAAGGUUCAUUUGGAUGGCUAGCAAGUUUGGUAUCCCUCUUUCAAAGGAAAAAACAGUUUACCCUACUACUGUGAUGCAGUUUUUAGGAAUAGAAAUUGACACUAUUAAACAAGAGUUUAGAUUACCACAGGAUAAAUUAAUCCAGUUAAAAAGUCUGAUUAAUUCUGCAUUGGCUGCCAAAAAGCUGAAGUUAAAACAUAUUCAAUCUCUGGUGGGACAUUUGAAUUUUACUACAAAAAUUAUACCAAUUGGCAGAGUAUUUAACAGACGUUUAAUUGCUUUGACUGAGGGAAUAGCAAAUCCUAACUGGCACAUUAGGAUUCCUCAAGAGGUUAAAGAGGACCUAAUCAUUUGGCAACAGUUCUUACAUGAUUUUAAUGGUAAGGCAUAUUGGCAAGAUGAUUUUCUGGGAAGUUCAGUGCUGCAUCUGUUUACAGAUGCUGCGUCUUCAGCUGGUUUUGGUGCUAUAUUCAAUAGCCAUUGGUGUUCCGAUUCUUGGCCUAUAAGUUGGCAUGAACAAAACCUAACAAAAAACUUAGUGCUAUUGGAAUUUUUUCCUAUUUUGGUCGUACUUGAGAUUUGGGGUGCACAUUUAGCCAAUAAAAGGAUCAUUUGGCACACUGAUAAUUUGGGUGUUGUUUAUGUAUUAAAUAAUUUGACUUCUAAUUCACCGCCAGUUUUAAGGUUGUUAAGACAGGUAGUUUUUAGGGCCUUAAAGUACAAUAUUUGGAUUAGAGCCAAGCAUAUUCCAGGUUUUAAAAAUAAUAUAGCCGAUGCUUUAUCUCGGUUUCAGUUCGAGCUAUUUUGGAAGAUUGCAGACAACCCGGAUCCAUACGGUGCCUCAUGUCCAGAUUACCUUUGGGGGCUUGUACUGCCAGAGCAUGUGAGGUUUUAAAGAAUGCCCUAAGUGAAAAAACUUGGAAUGAAUAUGCAACAAGUUGGUGGAAUUGGUCUCUUUUUAAAGAUAGUAACAAUCAAGGAAUUUGGCAUGAUAGAGACUUAAUUCUGUGGUACAUACUGGAGCUUUCUGAGGCUCAGUAUUCUUAUGCAAAAAUUGCAAAAAAUGUAGCAGGUAUUUCGUACUUCCUUAAAUUACAGGGUUUACAAGAUUUUACAAAGCCUUUUUUAGUUAAACAAAUAUUAAGAGGUUUAACCAGAGUUAGUCAAACAUUUGACAAUAGGAAACCAAUAACCUUGUUGUUAUUGGAUAAGUUAGUCCAGAAACUGCCAGAAGUAUGUUUCUCACAAUAUGAGUUAACAUUAUUCAAUUUAUUGUUUGUCUUUUCAUUCUUUGCGGCUUUAAGAGUUAGUGAGUCAAUUUCUAGCAAUAGGAAAAAACCUGGGGGGCUCGAUGUUUCUGAUGUUGUGUUACUGCAAGAUAAACUUAGGAUUAUACUUAAGAAAUCCAAAACAGAUCCUACAGGAAAAGGCACUCUAAUUUGGUUGGGUUCCUUUUCGGUAGAAUAUCUCUGCCCUAUUGCAACCUUUUUAAAAUUCAUUGCUUUUCGGCCGAAUAUCCCAGGCCCACUCUUUAUUCAUGCAGAUGGCUCUUUUUUAUCUACCUUUCAAUAUAGACAAGUCCUCAAAAAGACACUUAGUGCGGUGGGUCUUUCAUCAAAAGACUAUAAUACGCAUUCAUUUAGGAUUGGUGCAGCCACGCAGGCGGCGCUUUGUGGCUUUAGUGAGCAAUCCAUUAUGAGAUUAGGUAGAUGGUCCUCUAAGCGCUAUCGCUCAUAUGUUCGGCCAAGUUUGGUUGAUGAUUAAUUUAUAAAUUCCAACAAAUUUGUUUUACAGGACACCCGCUCAUGGUGUGGAUUAUUGGCCAUUCUUUUGUCUUUCGAGCGAAGAAACGAGCUGAAGAACGCACUUAUGGUGUCAACCUAGGCAUUAAAAAUGUGUACGGUACAUACCAUUUUCUUGUAUCCGGCAGUAGUGUGCCAUGUCUCCCUCAUGUCUAGGGUUCUAUCCCCAGGGAGAAUGUUGGAUCCCAGGCAGGAAUAUGCCAGUAAGAAGCAGAAGAAAAGAGAUAAAGCAGAAGGGAUGGAAUUAAGAUCAUAAUACAGAAGAAAAUACAUUUCUCGGGACACUCUCAUGUUUAUGGAAUGAAUUGAGGCGCAGCACAGUCCUGAACUGAUCAGUGCAAGGGAGCCGAUAUCUCGGUGGUGAAUUUCAAGUUUUAGGAGGGGCACGGGUAACCGCCAAAGGGAGACAAAGCAGCAGAGGAGAAAGAAGAAAUUGCCAAGGAGGAAAAAGACAUAAGGAAAAUGCCAGUAAGAAGCAGAAGAAAAGAGACGGAUAAAGCAGAAGAGAUGGAAUUGGGAUCAUACUACAGAAGAAUACACGACAUUUCCCGGGACACUCUCAUGGAAUAUGCCAGUAAGAAGCAGAAGAAAAGAGAAGGAUA